AUGCGAAGCCGUGCGCCUCGGUAUACCCACAUCAUCCUCGCCGCUGCGGCACUGCUUCACCUUCUAGCCUGGAUCUCCAUCGCAGCAUACGACUUGGAGGUGGGCCUGUCGCUCGUAGCACCAGCCCAGCCGCUCCUGUGGACCUACGCCCUUGUUCGUUCAGUCACCCGCAAGGCACCCACGCCACCCUUUGACCUCCUCUUCAUCUACGCUACCCAAGCUCUUGCAAACAUUGUCGCCAUGUACGACGGCAGCCUGCCCCGAGUAGGGUAUGCAGGUCACUCCCUCUCCCUCCUCAUCUGCGCCCUCGCCCUGACCAGUAUCUUCGCCAUGCCCCUGAGCUUGGAGGUGCCGAUCGACUCAAAGUCAGCAGGCGAGGAUAGAUGCUCCCUUUGGCAGUGGAUGACAUUUUCCUGGCUUUCUCCGCUGAUAUCCACCGCAGUCGAGCGGACGCUGGAGAAGGACGAUGUUUGGAAGCUCAGUCGCUAUUGCCAGAGCACGCUGCUGCUGCGCAAGUUCAAGCAGGUGAAAGGCUCCACCCUCCCACGAAGGAUACUGAGGGCCAACAAUCACGACAUUCUGCUGGAUCUCCUGCUCACACUCGUAUCGGCUGUACUGGCCUAUGCAUCACCGUUCUUCCUCAAGCGCAUCCUAGAAGCGAUAGAGAACGCUUCCAAUCCGCAGCAUGCCCCUGCUGGUGCGACGACGAAAAAGACGGCCUACCUAUAUGCCCUUCUUUCACUCACAGCGGACGUAGUCAAGUCGCAGACUGAUCUGCAGCACCUCUUCUAUGGAAGGAGAGCCUGCAUCAGGAUCAGGGGGCAGCUUAUCUCCGCCAUUUACGAGAAGGCGCUCAAGACUCGUGAUAUGAAUGGCGUCGUAGGAGAGAAGGGGAGCACUGAGGGCAGCGGAAACGAUGAACAGCAGCAGCAGCAGAACGGCCAUAAGAAAGGCGAGCAGAGAGCCAAUGGCAAGCUCUCCUCGCCAGACGAUCCAAGCGACUCCACGCCAGCCUCAAUCGGCAAAAUCGUCUCCCUCGCAGCAGUGGACUCGAUCCGCAUUUCAGCGCAGGCAGCAAGCGCCUACAUGCUCUACUCGGCCCCCAUAGAAUUCAUCGUCGCCUCCCUCUUCCUCUACAGGCUGCUCGGCCUCUCUGCCUUUGCUGGCUUCCUGGUUCUUCUGGUCGCCUCACCACUCCAGUCGAUCCUUACGCGAAGGAUGAUACAGAUCAGCAAACACCUGUCGGCCGCAAGAGACAAGAGGCUAUCAGCGCUGAAUGAAGUGACCCAGAACUUGAAGUUCGUCAAAUACUACGCCUUCGAGGAAGAGAUGAAGCGAAGAGUCCUCGCUUUGCGCGAGGUGGAAUUGGGCUGGCUCAAGAAGAGGCAACGGACCCAAGCAGCCGUCAUGCUUCUUUGGACCAUCACACCCGCUGCGGUCACCACGGUGUCCUUUGCCUUUUACGUCCUCGUCGCCAAGCGCGACCUUGAUGUGUCUACCGCCUUCACGAGUAUAGCCCUCUUUCAGCUUCUACGCGGCCCGCUAAAUGCGCUGCCCAUGCAGGUCAACGAGGUGCUCAAUGCCAAGGUCGCAAGUGAUCGCAUUGAGGAGUUUAUGAGGGCAGAUGAGGUUGCAGAGGGGGUCACUAGCUUGCAGAAGGUCUCAGAGGACGAGGAAGGGCAGCAAGCGACGCCUCCUUCGGAGCAACACCUCUUCGGCUGCGAAGACGCGACGUUUCAGUGGCCGGAGGCGCCGAUCAGCGAUUUGAUUGGAGCAAGGGAGAAGGGAGCGGCGCAGCUGUCCCUCAUUGGGCAGGCGUUACGGAGUAGCGGUGCCUCCACGCCCUCCAGCUUCCAACUCAGCAACAUCACCUUUCUCCCUCCACCUUCCUCCCUCACCCUCGUCAUUGGGCCCACGGGCAGCGGAAAAUCUGCUCUCCUCUCCGCCCUUCUCGGCGAGAUGGCCCUGGAGUCUGGAGUCUCUCACAUGCGCAAAGAUGCCCGCAUCAACCCUCGCACAGGUCUCUCCUCCACCAUCGCAUACUGUGCGCAGACUCCCUGGCUGCAGCAUGCCUCUAUCCGGGCGAACAUUCUCUUCGGCUCGCCAAUGGAGCAAAGCAGGUACGAUGCGGUCUUGGACGCUUGUGCUCUUCGGCCGGACUUGGAGGUGCUGGAGGGGGACUUGACCGAGAUUGGUGAGAAGGGCGUCUCCCUCUCUGGUGGUCAGCAGGCGCGAGUCGCCCUUGCCCGAGCCGUCUACUCACGAGCGGCAACCUUGUUUCUGGACGACCCUCUGAGCGCGGUGGAUGCGCACACGGCGGAUAAGCUUGUGAGGGAAUGCUUUGCUGGGCCACUCAUGAAGGGCAGGACUGUCGUGCUAGUCACGCAUCAUGCUGAUCUUGUAUUGGCGAGGAGGGGAGUGGCAAAGUGGGUCGUGGCGAUGAGUGAGGGUAAGAUCACGAGGCAGGGCGAGGUGGAAUUGAUGACUCAGGAGGGGUGGCUGGACAGGGUCGGGGAGGCGGGAGAAGAGGGAACGAAGAUCGACAGCGUCGCCGCGAAUGGCAAGGAGGGACAGCGCGACGCCCUGAACUCAGCUCAGGCCAAGUCCAACGAUGAGACCGAACCUACGCCCGCCGCUUCGCCGGGUAAGGCGCGCGUUCUAGUGGAAGAAGAGCAUCGUGCUCGUGGUGGGGUCAAGAAGGAGGUGUACAAGAUGUACCUCGAGGCAUUGGGCUAUACCAUUGCUGGAUUGGUCGUCGCAGCGCUGAUUUCCUACAAGCUGACGGACCUCGCGGAGAAAGGCUGGCUAGCUUUCUGGGGAGCUUCGUAUCGGCUGCGCGAGGAGCAGCGCGACGUGGGCGUGGCUGCUGGGAGCCCGUCAUCGCAAGCGCAUCGACUGUUCAGCUCUCUAGCGCUCAGCAUGCCAGUGGCUGGCCUUGCUCUACCAAUCAGGACGCAGGAGCAUCAUCUCGCAAGCCCAUCAACGGUCUCAGUUCUCUCUUCGCGCUCUUCGUCGUCAUGGUGGCCAUUCGGUCCUGCCUCUACCACGCCCGUCCCUUACCUGCUCGUCUUCUUCCUCAUUCAAUUAGGUCAGGCGACCUUUAUCUUCCUCGCCGCCCUCCUCACCUUCCACGGCUCCCUGAAGGCAUCACGCUCCCUGUUCGUCCGCAUGCUCGACGCUACCAUGGGUGCCACCAGCCGCUGGCUGGACAAGACCCCUUCAGGACGCAUCGUAAACAAGUUCAGCCGAGACGUGGAGGUGGUGGACGCUAGUAUCAACCAGUCGCUGCGCUACUUCGUCACCUUCGCCAUUGCGGGGAUCAUAGCGGUUCUCACGAUCGUUGUGGUCCUCCCGCCGUUCGUCGUGCCAAUGCUCUUCCUGGCCGUCGCCGAGUACUACGUGGCCCGCGGCUACAUCCGUGCAGCGCGCGAUCUUCGUCGCCUGGAAUCAGUGUCACGCUCUCCGAUCUUUUCGGCCUUUUCCGAGCUGCUCCAAGGCAUCUCAACCGUCCGAGCCUACGCCGCCGAAUCCCGGAUGCUCUCUGAAUGCACGCAAAGAAUCGAUCUGGCGAACAGCUUCUUCCUCUACUUCUGGAUGUGCAACCGCUGGCUCCUCUUCAGGCUGGACAUACUCUCCUCCCUCGCCAUCUUUGUCGCCACUCUGGCCGCUCUGCGCGGUACGAUUGCUGCAGGCUUGGCAGGACUGGCAUUGACGCAGGCGCAGAGUAUUGUGCAAGCCUCGUACUGGAUGGCGCGGAUGUAUACCACGCUGGAACAGGACGCGAAUAGUAUCGAGAGAGUGAGGGAGGCGUUGGAUGAGACGCCGCAAGAGGAGGUGAACGGGGCUGAAGAACAGUACGAGACUCCGCCAGAGGAUUGGCCGGCGAAGGGCGGAGUAGAGGUGAAGGGGUUGGUACUACGCUACGCUCCUGAGCUACCGCCCGUCCUGCACGGCAUCUCAUUCAGCGUCAAGCCAGGAGAGAAGGUCGGUAUCGUCGGACGUACAGGCAGCGGCAAGUCGACUACGGCACUGGCGUUCUUCCGCUUCGUGGCCUUUGAUUCUGGCUCCAUCGAAAUCGAUGGGGUGGACAUCUCCAAGAUCAGCUUGCGCGACCUCCGGUCACGUCUCACUAUUAUUCCGCAAAAUGCGGUGCUCUUCAGUGGCACGAUCCGCGACAACUUGGACCCCUUUGGCCAGCAUACCGAUCAGGAAUGUGAGGAGGCCCUGCACGCCGUCAGGAUCAGGACGACAGCCGUGCCAUCCAGCGCAGACGCGAGCGUGGAGCCCAGUCGCCCGACAAGCAUGUAUGAGACGCGCGAUAUCCACGGCGAUGACGACAACGACGACAGCAGCGACGAUCCCUCUCCGCCGACACCCUCCUCCUCCCAGACUUACGUUCACCUCGCAACGCGCGUAGCGGAGGGCGGCUCCAACUUCUCUCAAGGACAGCGCCAACUCCUUGCAAUGGCUCGGGCUCUUUUACGUCGCACUCGCCUCAUCCUGAUGGACGAAGCUUCCUCCGCCGUCGACCUGCGCACUGAUGCACUCAUCCAGCGCACGGUCCGCAGAGGCUUCCGUGAUGCCACGGUGAUCACCAUUGCGCAUCGUCUCGCUACGGUCGUAAGGGCAGACAAGGUGCUUGUGUUGGACAAGGGCAAGGUGGUUGAGUUUGGUGAGCCGCUCGAGUUGAUGGGCAGGGAGGCAGGAGUGUUUAGGGGGAUGUGUGAGAUGAGUGGAGAUGGGGAGCGAUUGAGGGGGGAAGCGGAGGAUGAGGUCAGGAAGAGGAACAGGCGAAGUGCAGUGGGGGAUAGAUCAGAGGUGCCUGAUGCUUGA